CGGUCGUUUGAGUAAAUCGACAAGAGUCCGUGAUUUAGAAGAAGUAUUCGAGCCAUAUGGACGUAUGAUCAGAUGCGAUAUCAAAUAUGGAGCUGAAAUGGCUUAUGCUUUUAUUGAUUUCGAAGAUCGGAGAGAUGCAGAGCUGCCAUUGCCAGACACACUCUGAACCUCGCUGCCGAGGCCAAAGCAAUCCAUUGAGCCAGGUGCCAAUGAGUUUUAGCCACGACCAUGACCCUUAGCUACCAAGACUACAUUUGCCUUUAGCCAGACCAGUCCCAAGUGCCAUUAGCCUAUUUCUCUGGUUGACACCCGGCCCGGCCUGUCAUUACCAUAAACUCCAAAGUAUUGACCAUGUAUGACCGUGCCGAACUUGCCUACAUGUUCCUCUCCAUGUUGCAAGACCUUUCAAAGCCAUGUCCAGGUGGCAAGCAAACCUCCGUGGCUUUCAGAUUGUUUGAAGUAUGAGAAUGGUCGCGAAAUUUGUGGUGCGUCCAUAAUUGUUGAAUGGGCCAAAGGCAAUCCAAGACGUUCCUUGGUGAGGGGAAAUGACGAGUGCUACAAAUGUCACCGAGGUGGCCACUGGGCAAGGGACUGUCCUGAUGAGCGUUACGGUGGAGGUGGUGGCUGGCGAUCCAGUCGCAGAUACAGAUCCCCUUCGCCACGCAGGAGGAGACGAUCUCGUUCACGAUCAAGAGACAGGAGACGGAGUCGCAGCAGAAGUCGAGAUCGUCGCCGACGUAGUCGUAGCCGGAGUGCUGACAGAAGCAGCAAGCGAAGACGAAGGAGCAGGAGCCUCAGCAAGGACCGGCGGAAGGAGUCAUCAAAGAGCCGAUCACGCAGUCCUCGGAAGUCUGAGAGUCGAUCUCGCUCCAAGUCUAAAUCUCCCACUCGGUCGAAGAGCCCGGAGGCAGCUAGAGAUGGACAAAAUGGCAGGUCGAGAUCACGCAGUAGAUCGAGGGCAUCAUCGGCUAAAGUCUCACGAAGCAGAUCUGCCAGUCCCGAGCAGGAACAGUCAUAAAUCACCCACUGUCGUCGUGUUCAUCAGAUCAUGUUGUGAACAUUUUACUGGCAUGAAACCCAAACAUUUUCUUAUCAGUUGUAAAGGAAGAGAAAUUAAACUUUUUAAGUAGCCAAGUGAUCUAUGCUGGUUGUUCUGCAUAUAGAUGUACUUGAUUACUUAAUGUGACUUGUUUUUUUAUUACCUGUAUAUCAUGGUAUAUGACGAUGAACUCUUUAAUUCAUACUAACAGUUUGUCAUCCAAUUUAAGAUUUUUAGAGAAAUUGUUUAUUCCAAACUUGAUAGAUUUUUAUCUCUCUCUCUGUCUCUCUUGUUGGAAAUAUGAAUUUUUCUUGCCUUCAUAACAUCACAGUUUUUCAUUAUUCAUUUAAUUAAAAAUGUUUCACCAAUGGUGGAGUCCACGAUUUUCUUCUUUACAGAAAUUCUUUUCAUUAGGCAGCUGUAGAUUAAUACAACACCUACUGAGCUCCUUACAUUGGAGUGAUGUCGCAUCCCCAAUAGUUGAUUUGUUUAUUGGGUGGUGAUCAACUUUAAUUCAGUUAUUAUUACUAAAUCACAAGGGAAAUUAAAAUAUUAUGUCUACUACUCGGGUAUGGAAUAUUUCUGGUAUAUUUUGACCAGAAUUUUGAAUAACAAAAAAUGCAGGUGUCCUGGGUAGGUUUUCUUUUUUAUAAAUACCGAGUAUAUCUCCAUUAUUUUAUGUCCGAGUGUUUUAAUUUUGAUGUCUGUUGCUGUAAAAUGAGAGAAAUAAAUCACUUUUUUUUCCCCCAGAAGUGUGGUUUUUUUUUUUUAAUAAUACAGAUUUUUACGAUGUUUGUAACUUAUUUUAUCUAGUUGUGUUUGUCUGGACAGUUUUCAUAAUUAAUAUUUAAAUCGUAAAUAUACUCUCAGAAAACACAUUCAUGUGCCAAAGGUAUAUGUUUAUUAGUAAUGAAGGGAAAAUAAAUUGUUUUCUAGAAAUUA